AUGACCGCUGAGAAAAACAAUAGCGACUCCCAAUCUUCCUCACAUUCAUCAUCUGCGACUGUUUUCCUCUCGUUUUCCUCCCAAUCUAUUUUUGGCCACACUCCAAAUCGACCAUCCUCUCCGCUUGCCUACUCUUCGGGGUUUGGCAGAGGCUGUUCUGGCGGCGUCUUAUCGUCUCCUCCACUAGAUACUACCUACAGAUCUGGUAGAGAUCUGGUUGGGUUCCGUUUGCUCCAAACCGGUGUUCAUUUUCCGGCUCCGGCUUCUCUUAGGCUGCUUAACAUUGAUGGUUGGGCCUUGUUAGUCUUUCAUGCUUAUGGUAUUUUUAUUUCUAAAGAAUUGGGUGGUCUUAGCAUCGAAACUUUAAUUACUGAGGAAGAGAUUUGUGUCCACAAGAGAUCCUCCGACGUCGACGCAUCAAUUAGUCUCCGAAUGGACAUUCCACCUUCAUUCAAUAAUCCUCCGCUCCCGACGACACAAGUGCAGGAGAAGCUGCGCGGUUCCAUCUCCGAAUGUUCCGGUCGAUUCCGACGAGUACAGUGA